AUGAUACGAAGGGUAGCCAGAGGCUUGCAGAUAAACGGAGAACGAUCACGAAGGCUCAACGAGGCCCAGGGAGGACAGGAAGGGACCACAGCACGCACGGGCCUGGAAAUACAGGCUGUCUCCACGAGCAGCCCCUGGACCAGGGAGGCUGGGGUGGGACCAGCCACGCGUCUGUCCCUUGGUCCCUUGUCACAACUGAGAGGUCCCUUGUUCGCCCUGCUCAGCCCUUCGUGGCUCUCAGGCUCUCUGCCAGCUGUGCUUCUCAGCCAGGGGACUCAGCGAUGUCCAGGGCCACCUGCAGGCCACAGCGUCUCUCCUGGCACCGGAGGCCCCCACCCAACCCAACCUCCGGGCCCCCCACCCAACCUCCCGGCCCCCCGCCCGCUCUCAGUCCAGGUACCUGCUGCUUCGCUGCGGGCGGCCGGCGGUCACGGUCCUCCCGGGCACGCGGGGACUCUGGAGCUGCUGGGCACCGCGCCUCUGCUCUCCGGGCUCCCAAACGUGACUCUAUAUAUCCUGCUCCGAGCUGGGUGUGGGGCGGAGGAGCGCACCUCCCUCCGACCUUCCUGGUGGCUGCUGGGCACCCAGUCGAGGCCUCUGCCCGGGGCGGGAGCGCGCAGGCCCCAGGACGGCAUCGCCUGGGCUCCGGCCUCACCGUCAGCCUCUGGUCUCUCCAAACUGCCACGGGCCACCGCGGCAAGCCACCACCGAGCCGAAGCCACCACCGAGCCGCCGUGGGUCAUGCCUUCUCUCUUUCCAGGCUCUCACAUUCGUAGCCUCAGAGCCCUAGGCCACGCCCCUCCCCGAGCUGCAGAGCAGGCCGUCUUCAGCUGUCAAAGACCAUGCCCCGAUUAUCAGCUGCGGGCAAGCUAGAGCCUAACGUUAAAAUCCCACACUUGGGAUUAAAACAAAAACAGUUUAGAUAACAUAACUGAGUUUUCAAAGAAACCAAAACUUUAUUGCAAUUAAUUUUCUUCUUCGACAGUUUCUGAUUACUCUCUCCCGACUCUUUUCUUCCUCCCAUUGCUCUCAACCCUCCCCUUUCUAAUCCCUCUCUGCCCUUCUUCAGAUUCAUGCUUGUGGAGUUGUGUUGUGACCCUUUAGUUUGGCCCAGGCUGUCCGAGUGAACACUUGGAUCCUGGUGCGGUGACAAGAGGGUUCACCACUGGAAGCAGUGAUCCUCCCUCCCUCACCUCUCUGUGACCCUAUCACCAGUCAAUCGCUCAGCCAUGAGGGCUUCCCUUGUGAACUCUCCCUCAUCCAUGUCAGGCCUUUCCUUGUGAAGACGCAGUGCAGGCUGUGUGAGAACCCUUAGCUUCCGUGGGAACUGUCCUAAGAGUCUCAGUCUGCUUUCAAAGGGCUGAGCAGACAUAUGCUAAGAGUGUCCUGUUCUUGCAGAGCACCUUCUUCAACAGCUAAGCCGGAAGCACAAUGACAGCCUGGGCAGUGGGCUCCAUGGCUCUGGGUACUCUCAGCACAACUCACCUUCACAGAGGCUUGACCAGACGACAUGCAGGCCUGAGCCUCGAACCCUGUUGCUCUUGGCCAGCGCUGAGAAACAGUUUAUCAUACUGACCAAUCUCUACCUUCAAAACUCCUCCAUCACCGUUGCUCAACAGCUUACUGUUUUGUACAACCCUGUAAAACAAGUAUUUCUUUGUAAAUCUACCCUGGGGUUCUUUUUACAAUACAGAAGACCUACAGGAUGUUCCAGACACAAACUCGUUGGCAGAUCGCUCGCCAACACCCUGAGCUCUGAGUGAAACCAGAGCUCCACAGGAAUCUCACUCCUGGUCCCGUCUGUUGCGGCGUCCGUUGAUGCUAUCACAGGACAGCUGAUCUUUAUCUACCCAGAACCAUAAAAACACAGUGUUGAACAACCAGAAAGCUGGUGACUUACGCCUACAAUCUCAUUCCACAGCGGAGGACUGGACUUUACUUCCUGUUCAAGGUGACUGUGUUAGUUCUCUGUUCCUAAACAAACACUUAGUUAAACAAACAGUGGUGUGUAAGAAGUGCCCGGUGCCCGCUCAGAGGCUGGCCGGAAGCGCUCCAGGCAGAAGGAGCCCGUAACUGGAGUCCUCGCUCCCGGCAGCCAAUCUCCGCGCCAGCUCAUCAGCGGCUUCUUUGGGAGCCCCUUCCCCAGCUGGUGGUGGGUGGAACGUACAGCUAGUUCUUGUAGGCUUUUCUAGGACCCAGGUCUUCAUCUUGUUGCUGGCUAUUGACCAAGGCUAUUGACCAGGAGCCAUGCUCGCUCAAAAGGACAACAGUCCUUAGUGAAACUCACAGCUACUGAUUUGGAAAGUUGAUGGUCGGUGUCCUUGAUGUUCACAGUUGCACCCCACUCCAGGUUGGGGGAUUGUGCAGGGAUGGUGAGACUGGGCCACAUCAGAUCUCUCCUUGCCGCAGUCACGUGUGGAGACCAGAUGUGGAGCGCAGACGCGCACUGCCGUCUCUCAUCAGUGAGUUUCCUUUCUUCUGCACGUGGAAAGUUAGCUUUCAGUAUCUAGUCACUUUGUGAUGCAGCGAGCUGUGGGAAGGCUUCUUUUCUCUUUUCCUCACCAGUAUGUGUGUGAGAUGUGUAUAUGUAAGUAUGCCAGCUCACCAUGUGUGGGUAUGCAUGCGUGUGCAGAGACAUGGGGUUGAUACUGGAACAUUUCCUCCGUUGCUCUUCUACCUCUGUCACUGAGACAGGGCAUCUCAAUCAAACCCAGAGCCUACCCUCUCUGCCCACUUUCUCCAGAGAUCCCGUCCUGGCCUCCCAUGAUGGGUGACAGGAAUGCCUCCAAGCGGACAGGGUGCAUGUGGGCUCUAGGGGCCAGACUCUGCACAGUGACAUUUCAGCCUGAGCUCUCUCCCUAGCUCUAGUUGGGUUUUCCCAUGACUUUUUUUCCUGGUCUUCCUUCCCCUAGAGACAUGUAUAGCUCUCUGAAAAGUACAGUAUAUUGGCUCGUAUGUGCGUGUAACAGGUGAGGGCAGAGCGAGAGUGUGCCCUGGGAGCCCAUGGUGAGCUGGGUGUGGUGGUUUGAGGGAGAGCCCCCUGGGGUUCGUCGCUUGAGGACCAACUGUGUGGGAAGGGUUAGGAGGCGAGGGCCUUGUUGGGAGAGGGAUCUUACGGCGGGGGCAGGGGAUUGCUGUGAGGGUUCAAAAGCUCAUUUCCUGUUAGUGUUCCCUGCCCAGUGGGUCAGGAUACAAGUUUCUCAGCUGCUGCUCCAAGACCAGGGCUGCCUGCCCUCUCCCCACACUCCCCACCAUGACAGCCAGGACUUGCCCGUCCUUUGAAACUGUAUGCCCCCAACAAACUGCUUCUUCUGUUAGUUGCCUUGGUCGUGGUGUCUUCCUCAGCAAGAGAAAAGUAACCAAGACAAGGACCCAGCAUGUUCCGAGAACAGUGUUGAUGACAUAUAGAGCACCCACAGUGAGCCUGCAAUGUGGCUACAUCGUCAUUAACUAAAGCUCUGUGUUACAUAUUAACUACAUAUUAAAGCAAACAAGGGAGCUCCAUCCGUUAAUUGCACUACGUUCUAAGAACUUAAACUUGGGAGAAAACAGCAUGUAGAAAACACGUAUAAUAUUAACUUCUUCCUAUUAAACUUCUACCACAUAACUUUGAGUAUAUGUUGUGGUAAAUUAAAAAAUAAGUGAGUGUUGGGAUACAUGCUGUUUAUUAUUAGCCCUAAGAUUAUCAUGGCAUUAUUAUUUAAUGCAUUAUCACAAGUAAUAAGACACAGACACUGUUAGAAUUGAAAAUUGCCUCAUUUACCUUGGGCCUGGCAGAUAUUUCGCUUAUUCAAUAACCUCAGCCCCCAUUUGCCAGCCCCCACCCAAUGCCAUACUCCUUGACCAUCCUCCUCACAGAGCAGACACCUGUACAGGGCAUUUUGUGCCCACAGUGCAGUAUGAGACUACAGCAUACUAAAAUAUGAACCAAAGUAAAAAUAGGACAGGAAAAUGCCAUAAGAUGAGAAUGUGCAGGCAUCACAGCCAGGGCCAGAUACAGCAGCAAUGUGAAAGCAGCAGACCAGAGGAGACAUUAAAGUAUGAGUAAAAUGCUGACAGCUCAGAGUGAAAAGCACAAGACAAGAGGUGGAAUGAGGAGGGGAGAACUUCCGAAAUGUUAGAGGUUUGAGGCACGUUAGCGGAAAAGCUGUUAGGAUGCCGAGAGCAGUGAGGACAGAUUCUCUGAGCUGAGAACACAGCUAUGGAAGCCAUCCAUCAACACUGGAAAGCAAAGAAGAGGAAGCACAGAAGGAAGUCUCAAAGGACUGUGGGACUAGAAAACACGUGGCACCUGUGGAAAUCCCCCCGAAAGGAACGAAGAAGCAGAAGUGACAAAGUCUACCCUCAAAUUAUUGCCAGAGGCCAAGUUACGGAACCUCGAAACACAGAGAAGAUUAAGCAAGCAAACGGGAAGAAAUGGGAGCUGGGAGGAACCACUGCGUCACAGCACAUCUGAGCUUCAGACCAUCGAAAGAUAAAAAUUUUAGACAAGCCAGAGGGGUUAAAAAGCUCAGCGUGAAGAAGGGAGCAAUGGUGAGUGUUGUCUGAUAUCUCAGAAAUCCUGUAAGAAGGACAGGAUAGGAUAGAGACAGGUACUUACACUGUGUAAUUAUUCUUUUAAAAGGGGAAAAACCCUUCCCUUAUAAAACAUAACUUAAAUGAUUGUUGUUGUGGCCGUUGUUGACAGCAGAUCUUCUUUUGAAGCAAUGUUAAAGGGAAUUUUCAGAGAGAAAUACACAUUAUGUGGAGAACAGAAGACUCUUGGUAAAUUAAAUAAAGUUAAAACAUUUUCUCUUACUGUCAAUUGGGCUGAUAAUUUUUUUGUGCAAAACAAUGUGAGCAAUGAGAUGCUCAACUCUGUGUGUAUAUAUAUUCGUUCAAGGGCGCUGGAGCUUACAGGAAAUGCAGCAAUAAAAUGAUGGACAGGGUGGAGGAAUCAAGAUGAUUUUGUCAUAAUUUCCACACAUCUCUGUACUAGUGUUGUAUUUUCUGAACACGGGUAUGAAGUUCGGAAAGUUUGUUCCCAACUCCAGGGCAGCCACUACAAACAUAAAAGGAGGCACACUAACUGAAAAAGAAACUGUGCUUCAAGUUUUACACACUUGCAGCAUCUCUGAUGAUGUGGGGAGCUCCUGUCCCUCCCCACAUCAGACCGUUCUCCAGACAGCAAGAGGGUGUUCUCAAGUUCAGUGCUCACAACUGUCUGCUUGCGGCGCGUGUGCUAUCGGCUCAGCCCGCGAGAGCGAGAAGUAAGCGUCGUCUACAUUCUAGCCAGAGAGCUCUUGUGUGCCCUCCUGGGCUUUAACUGACAGCCUCACGGAACGCCGGCUUAUUAGUAAGAACACAGCUGCUUCAAGCCGCUGUAACCGUGAGUUCCCCACGGUGGACCUGUACUGUGAGCCAAUGUGAAGUCUCUGCCGUUAAGGUGCUUUGAUCAUGCAUUUUG